UUUUUGAGCCGACUAAAUCAAAAGGAUGGGCCGGGUCCCAAACAUAUGAACACACACGAAACCAUAACCUGAGAUGAAAGAAAAGAAUAUAAAUAUAUAUAUAUUAUGAUAUAAAUCCAACCCAACUAAAUUAGGAUAGGCUGACAGAUUCAAACCGUCCAUGAAACCAGUAUUUUGUAAACCAAGUCAACAAUUAUUAGUUUCCCCAAUUGGGUAAUCAUUGAAAAAGAAAUAAAAAGAAGAAAAAGAAGCAAAAGCAAAACCCCUCUAAACCUAAAAAAUGAAAACUUUUAUGCAUUAAUUUCCCAACACAAAACCUCCUCUCUUCCUUUGUAUGACCAUUUCUUUGGCUUUGAAUCUGUCAAUUGUUUCUUUUUUUUUUUUUUUUUAAAAUGUCUCAUCUUCAUAUGCAUUGCUUUCUCUGUUUCUUUUUAUGUCUUUUUUCUACUGCAAAUUAAUUAUUAAAUCCGUUACUUACAAUUCCUUCUUUGACCCGUUAUUCAUCUCCAUCACAGAUUUUAUUGUUUGCCCUUAUUUCUUUUCUCACCUCUUUUUCUCUCUUAUAAGCCCCUUUGAAAUCCUUUGUUUCUUCCUUAAUAUUUUUCUUUGUUUGCAUGAAUCAAACCUUCCUUUUUGUUAUUUUUCUAUCAGCAAUUCUCAUGCAACUGCGCCCACAAGAAUUUUUUCAAAAGAUAUGGUACACUUAGAAGAUCUUGUAUGGGGUUUUUCUCUUAUUUCUCUUGCCGUAUACUUGCUUCAAACCUUAAGAAAGGUCAUUGUUAUGGCUCCUUUAUGCCUUACUUCUCCUACUUCUUCUUCUCCUUCUUCUUCUUCUUCUUUUUCUUUGCCUUCUCCUCUCUCAUGGGUUAACCAGUUUGUGCUUGAACAACAACAAGAAGGUGUACAUAAUUAUUUUUUGAAAGAAACCGGCCACAGUAGUUGCGAAAGGAAACGAAAAGAUCUGAGCGAUAUAAAUUUACAAGAGGAAAACAAGAAGCUCAUUCAGGAAGAGAAAAUCGUGCAAGAAAAUAUGCACUUCGAGGCGUUCCAAAAGGGUUUGCAUGAUAAGUGCUACUCAUUAGAGGAGAGUUCUUUGAGUGUGAAAAAGGUUGGGGCUGUCAAGCUGAAGAAGAGACCUGCAAGGUUGCUUGUGCCAGAAUAUUGUCCAAAGCUAGAAUUUGGUGAGAAAGACAAGAAAUUGGAGAACAAAGAAUUUGAGGUUCAAGGAAAAGAUUUCUUUUUAGCUAGCAAGAAAGGUAGGAGAGAAGUCAUGGAAGAUGGGUAUGGAGUGAUGCUUGAUAUUCUAGGAGAUUCCAAGCAGGCAUUUUUUGCUGUGAUUGAUGGACAUGGAGGCCGUGCAGCAGCUGAUUUUGUAGCAGAAAAUUUAGGAAAGAACAUUGUAAAAGAUCUUGAAUUUGUAGGAAAGGAAGAUGAUAAUUACCAACCAGAACAAGCCAUUCGCCGCGGUUACUUGACUACAGAUAGAGAGUUUCUUAGCCAGGGUGUAAGUAGUGGAGCUUGUGCAGCUAGUGUGCUAUUGAGAGAUGGAGAAUUACAUGUAGCAAAUGUGGGUGACUGUAGAGUAGUAUUGAGUAGGAAAGGAGUAGCUGAUACAUUAACAAUUGAUCAUCGAGUUAGCAGGGAAGAUGAGCGUCUUCGCAUUCAGAAUUCUGGUGGGUUUGUGCAUUGCCGGAAUGGGAUUUGGCGAGUUCAAGGAUCACUGGCAAUUUCUAGAGCUAUUGGAGAUGUAAAUUUGAAAGAAUGGGUAAUUUCUGAGCCUGAGAUCAAAAGGGUUCCACUAACUUCUGAUUGUGAGUUCUUGAUAAUGGCUUCCGAUGGACUUUGGGAUAAGGUAAAUGAGCAAGAAGCAGUAGAUACAGUUUUAAGAGGCCGGAAUUCAGUGGAUGCAGCAUGCAAGAAGCUUGUAGAUAUGUCAUUUAGCAGAGGCAAUUUAGAUGAUAUAACUGUGAUGGUCAUAAACCUUCAAAAUUUCAUGGCAAAUGGUUCUUAAUACAGGUUUCCUUUACUAGUGUGUAUAUAUAUAUAUAUAUAUAUAUAGAAAUUUCAACCUGAUCACUUCCUGAUAAAGAAUGCAAAGAAAGAGUAACUAAUUGGAAAUGGCAAUCAUAGAAUAGGGCAGAAGUAGUUGCUUCAUUAUUCAUUGGCAAACAGCUUUUCUUUUUCUUCUUCUUCUUCUUCUUCUUCUUCUUCUUCUUUUCAAUAAUAGAUAGGAGGAAACAAUAGAUUUUUUUUCUUCUUUUUUUUCUGUUGUGAUUCUCAUGUUUUUAUCACAAUUUGAUUGUAGAGAAGAUUACUUUUUUCUUUAAAUUAUUUUAUUUGUUACAGUUCAUUAUUUUGUAAGGUUAUUUUUAUUUUUAGUUUAUUUCAUUAUUUUAUCCUUA